AUGCUCAUCAACGGGGAGAAAUUCGCCUGCGAAGCGUGUGUGAGGGGUCAUCGCACCGUCUCCUCGUCCAUGUCAACAAAAAGGGUCGCCCAGUGUCACAAUGCCAACAUUGCCGAGGCCUGCGAAAGUCUCGCUCGCAACAUGUCAAGUGCGAGUGCCACGACAAGGGACAUUCAAAAGAGAACUGCCCUCACGACAAGCAUGAUGGAAAACAUGACCCGCAGACCUGCUGCUGCUCACAUGGCUCGCGUUUACAUCCAGCCAAAGGAUCACCCCAAGCAAUGGCAUAACAAAAAUGCCCAUGACCCCAAGACGACCGUUUUUACCAAUGGCCAUCACAAACCGGUCCACAGGUUCAACGACGCCCAUAAUCAGCUUGGUACACCAUACAAAAUCCCCUCCAGGUCGAACUCGCUUCAUGGCCACCGGGAGCUCGCUCAACGUUCCACAGACAACCUUCUACUGACCAAAUCCGCAAGACCUUUCCACGAGUCGCCGCUGCACAAUUCGAUUACGGAAGCCAUGCAAAUCGUAGAGCGCAAGGUCAGAUCCGAGCACAACUCACCUGUACUUGGGCCAACGAAAAUGGCGGCGCAGUCGCCCAUGUCGGACUUCAAAAUCCCCAGCUUUGACCCCCGCUCCUACGCUUAUUCCCCAUUCAGCGCAGAUACGCCACCCUCUCAGUCUACCAGUCUUGCGAACAGUCAAAACCCGAGCCAGCAAGAUCUGACUCUGCCAGAGACGUUUCCGGACAACUGGUUCAUGACCUACGACCAGGCACAUCAAUACGAGCCACCAGCCUGGUCAGGAGUCAAUGACGGGUCCUCAAUUGAUUGGACGAACUCCAGCCUAGAUCUUACCAAUAGUAAUAACAAUAACAACAUGUACAACCUGAACCCCAUGAGCAAGAGGAACUCCCCGUACCUGAUGUCGCAGCCUCCUACGUUUCAACAUUCCCCCUCCGACCUGGCGAACCAGAUCCAUAGGGUAGGGAUCAGCCCUUCGAGCGGAGAGCACUCUGAAGUCGAAGAGCCGUCUCCCAAUUCCAACCCCAACGGCUGGAAUAACGAUCGACCUAUGAGCAAUGAGCUCAGCAGUCCUGGCGGAGACGACGCUUCAGAACGUCAUCGGCUGAGCUCGGCCUCGUCCCUUUUCGGUACCCCUCAAGCGAGCAUGCUGGCGGAUGACGACCUCGGAAGUCUCGCCAUUGACGAUUUCCUGAAACAGGCCGAAGCGGAGACGAAAAGGAUGCAAAUGCAGAACCAGUUGGCACAGAUGCAGAUGAACCCACAGGAUGCGGAGCAGCCUUCGCGUUUGUCCAGUGUGAGUCGGGGAUUGACGCCGAGCAUAUCCACGCCCGGAAGUACAGGAACGGGGGAACACUCGUAUACGGUCAAAGAAGCCAUGAGAUUCGCGCACCCUGAUGUGAUGCCUUAUGAGCCGGCCCAGCAACCGAAGACUACGGUAGCGCCAGCAUUUAUGGCAGACGAUCCGUCGUGGUCAGCCGCUCCUGACAUGUCCGACCCUCGAUUAGUCUUGGACGAUGAAAGAGAUGACGAGAACUGGGUCCGGUAG